AAUUGUUGUGAUAAACUUAUUAAAUAGAAAUAAUGAGCUUCCAUACUUGUGGCCCAAACGAAGCGAUGGUGGUUUCAGGAUGUUGCUAUGAGAGACCGCUGUUGAUCCCCGGUGGAAGAGUUUUCAAAUGGCCAAUUAUUCAAAAGCUACAAAAACUUUCUCUGAAUACAAUGACAUUCCGAGUUGACUCCAAUAAUGUAUACACAAAGAAGGGCGUUGAGAUAUCCGUGACAGGCAUUGCGCAGGUGAAAAUAGAAGGGUCCAAGGAGGACAUGUUGGCCAAAGCAUGUCAACAGUUUCUGGGGAAAAGUGAGAGCGCGAUACACAAUAUCGCUCUUAACACGCUGGAAGGUCAUCAGAGAGCAAUUAUGGGGAACAUGACUGUUGAGGAGAUCUUCCAGGAUCGGCAGGCGUUCAGCAAACAUGUUUUUGAAGUAGCGUCUUCUGAUCUAGCCACAAUGGGAAUGUCUGUCAUCUCAUACACUAUCAAGGACAUCAGUGAUCACGAGGGGUACCUAAUGGCACUUGGCCAAGGCAGAACUGCUGAGGUGCAUAGGGAUGCACGAAUAGGAGAGGCUCAGGCGAACAUGGAGGCUGGAAUUAAAGAGGCUCAGGCAAAUCGGCUGAAGUAUGAAGCCAAGUACGCGAAUGACGUCAAAAUGGCAGAGUCCCAGCGAACAUAUCAAAUCGAACAGGCAAAGUUUAACGAACAAAUAUACAUUCAGCAAGCUCAGGCAGAUUUGGCCUACGAAUUACAGGCCGCCAUCCAAAGGCAAAAAAUUGUUGAAGAAGAGGCAAAGAUUGUCGAAAUAGAAAGAAAACAACAGAUUGCUAUCCAAGAGCAGGAGAUCCAGAGAAAGGAGAGGGAACUAGAUGCUAAUGUCAAACAGCCCGCUAUGGCUGAAAAAUACAAGAAAGAACAACUUGCCAAGGGUCAGGCGAUGAAGAUUGUCAAUGAGGCAGAAGCGGAGGCCUUGGCUAUCAAGUUGAAGGGCGAUGCUGAGGCUGCGGCUAUCAACGCUAAAGCCAAAGCGGAGGCCGAACAGAUGGCACUGAAGGCGAAAGCCUGGCAACAGUACCAGGACGCUGCUCUGGUCGACAUGGUGUUGCAGGUGCUUCCCCAGAUGGUGGCGGAGGUGGCCGCGCCCCUCACUGAGGGAACUAAGGGCAUCAAGCUAGUAGCAACUGGAAGCGACGCCCAGAUUGGAGCGGCAAAACUGACCGGUGAAGUGCUGGACAUUGUGGAAAGACUCCCACAAGUUAUCAACAACAUGACUGGAGUAGAUUUGUCUAAAGCUCUAGGAGGAAAAUCUGGUACAAGCAGGGCAUAAUCAUGAUAGAGUCGAGCGGCUUCAAGGAUAUUGUCACCAUUCAAGGAUAUUGUCAUAUAAUGCAGUCUAAUCUUCUUUAGCUAGAUGUCUAAUUUAUCAGAACUAAAUUAUCACGUAAUUUAUUUUUUAUCAAUCAAUUUUCAAUUGAUAAGCUUAUGCUUGUAUUAAUUGAAUUCUCAUGAGCGAUAACUAUCAUUUCAAUCGUGUUGCAAACUUAUCAUAUUAACUGGAAAUAAAUAGUAUAGCAUUC